UCGCCAUUUAAAAAUCCGACUGAAGUUGUCCCUGUAACGAAGAAAAAAAUAAUGGCUUCUUUGUUUCACUUGCAACCCUUUGCGGACGAAUACAGCCAUAUUGGUUCACGCAAGCAACCCCCAAGAUUGCGAGGCAAUAAUUUCACCAAUUAGCCAAAAAUUACUUUAUUUUUGGAUUAUUUCAAAAAGUCCUCGUUCGCGAGAAGUUCGAACAUUCGACGCUAGGUUAUUACCACUAUUAACUACCAAGUUUCGCAACGAAUACAAAUUUGCUCAUCAAUUAUUUAUAACGACGAAUGUUUUCUAUACGAAAGGAAUUUAUUUAUUCGUGAUAUAUAAGGAAGUAACGUUUAAUUACCGUUUUAAUCAGCGAGCGCACAUGACGAAAGUCGACCGUCCACUAAUAAUGGAUCUUGUGUUUGGUAAACACAAGGACGUAUCGUGAAGGUGAAACAAUAAUUAGUGAAAGAGAACGUAAUAAUAUCUAAUGCUGGAACGGAUGGUGGGAACAGCUGCUAUUUUUGCACGAAUUCGCUGUCGAUGAUUGAAAUGCGGGAUCGUUUGAUGUCCAAUUCGAAAAGCAAAGCGAUUAUUUCGGCCCAGCACAGACCAAUUGUAAAAUGGUUGUUGCACCAGACAACACAAAUGUGCGAGCUUCAAAGAAUCUGUUAUGGAGAGCCAUCGGGUGCAAGGAGAACUCUAGCUGUAGAGGAAUCUCUGAGAUUGUCCAGGAAUGCGAAUAUCAAAACUCUUGUGGCUCACUUGAACGAUGUAGCCGAACAGCGUGGUAUCGUUUCAACAACAGAACUUAAGAUAUUGGAGGAGGCCAUUAGGACCGUAUUGGUGACCAAGAAAAUAAAUCCAACUGCUCAUCCUGACUUUGCUAAAUCUUUUGGCAAAUGUAUAGAAUUAAUUUGGGGCUAUAAACGGCUUUGUGUGGAGUGUGAAGAGCUUAGAAAAACGCCUUACGACGCUAAAAAUCCUCAGCACGAGUUGCUCUUGUUUCUGUUGUGGAAUUUAUUAAUGCCUCACGAGCGGCUUGAUGCUAGAGUAACGAAGCAGUGGCAGGAGAUUGGGUUUCAGGGUGAUGAUCCAAAAACAGAUUUCCGUGGAAUGGGAAUUCUGGGACUAGAAAAUUUGCUUUAUUUCGCUCAAAAAUAUCCCAGUGCUGCGACGCAUGUACUGUCCCACUCUACUCAUCCACGAUAUGGUUACGCUUUUGCUAUAGUUGGCAUAAAUUUAACUAGCAUGGCCCUGCGUCUGUUGAAAGAUGGAGCUGCAAAAACUCAUAUUUAUAAUUCCUGUAAGACUUUGCCAACAAUUCGUGCCUUUCAUCAAUUUUAUUGUUAUCUAUUCUAUGAAUUCGAUGGGUUCUGGAUAGACUCGAAACCAAGCAAUAUGAUGGAAUUCUCGUCUAUACAAGAAAAAUUUGAGAAUAGCAUUAGAAUGGCAUUAGCAGACCCAUCUACUGUAUUUAGGAUAAAUAUAUCGGUUGACAAUGUUUAAUAUAGAUGCAAUAUUUUCUGUUGAUAAGACCAAAAAUAUCACACAGGGAAUGAAUGUAAUUUUAAAGAAUGCACAGAACUAAUUUCUGUAAUAUAUGUGUUGCACUGAGAGUCUUGUGAGUGAUUACAAUAGCAGCUACGGAUAAUGUAAGAGGCAAAAAUCUGAACACACGGUUGUCUUUGAGUGAUUAUGUUGCAGGGCUAUACAAAGAACUCGAUGCAUUUCAUAUAUUUUUACUUUAUUUUUCUACGAGCUUAUCGAUAAAAUAUUGUAAAUGGGUGCAUCUAAUGAAUGCGACGGUAUGGACAAUGAAAUUUAUUUCGUUAGAUUAGUUCAAGUAUAAUCUACACUUGCAACGCAUAAAUAAAUAUGUUGCUCUCA